AUGAGCGCCAACAAGAGGAUUAGAUCGCUUCAAAUAUCCCGCCCCGUUGUCAUAGGCAAUACAGCCCGCGCGAUAACCCCCGAAGAGCGGGAGAAAGACGCUACGAUUCCACCGACGCACACGCACCGAUGGACGAUAUCGGUGCGCUCGCCUAGCCCUCAGCGUGCAGAAAGCAGCUAUGACGAGGGAUGCGAGGGGAUACACGACGAGGGAUUAUCGACGUGGCUGCGACGCGUGCAAAUACGUCUGCACGAUACAUACAAAGACAAUAACCGCACUCUCGACAAGCCCCCGUUCGUCGUUAGCGAGACUGGUUGGGGGGAGUUCGAGGUGGUGAUCCGUCUCCAUUUCCCAAGCGAGGCCGGUGAACGCCCCAUGGUACUCCACCACAUGCUCAAGCUCCAUCCGUGGAACGUCACAAGCUCAAUCCCCAGAGACGACGGCUUGCCUCCUACAGUGCACAGCUGGCAGUACGAUGAGAUCGUAUUCAGCGAUCCUCAUGAAUCUUUCUUCCACCUCCUCACAUGCAAUCCACCGCCACCCCUGCCAGAUUCAGGACCAUUCAGCAAACAGGACAUUCACAGCGAGACUACGAAACUCAACAAGGCCAGACGAAUAACUGUUGCUGAGACUACCAAGCUGAGAGACGAGCUUAUAAGAAUGGAGGCUGAGUUGAAGGCGGUGAGGAGGGCGUGA